CCCUGUCCAUCGGUCGGGGGUGUGGAUUACUUAUGCAAGGGGGUUGAUAACAAAAGACUAUGGUUGCCAAGCAUUUCACGCAGGGCUCCAGUCCAGAGUCCGGCGUGCCGGACAUGACUGUCAUCAGUGAUAUCGAUGAGAGGGGGAUCAAUAGGAAUCUGCAAGUGCGAUAUGGACGGGAUCAAAUAUACACAUACACAGGAUCGAUUCUGGUGGCAGUCAACCCAUACAAAGAGGUCGAUGUCUACACAAUGGAGCACGUGCACAGGUACCAUGGCCAGAAGAUGGGCUCCCUGGAGCCCCACGUGUUCGCUCUGGCUGAGGCUGCUUAUCGAUCACUCCGGAACACCGAGAGCAAUCAGUCUUGUGUUAUUUCUGGGGAGAGUGGAGCUGGCAAGACUGAGACAACAAAGUUCAUACUCCAGUAUUUGUGCUCGGUCACGAGUAAUGUUGAUACUUGGGUUGAGCAACAGAUUCUGGAAGCUAACACGAUACUAGAAGCUUUCGGAAACGCCAAGACAGUUCGCAACGACAACUCCUCCCGCUUCGGCAAGUUCAUGCAAGUCUGUUUCGAUUCGAAAUGGAUGAUCAAAGGCUGCAUAAUCCAGGACUACCUCCUGGAGCAAUCCCGGAUAACCUUCCAGAGCCCGGGAGAGCGCAACUACCACGUGUUCUACCAACUAGUCGAGGGAGGAAUCCAAGACCGCGAGUUCGCCGAGCAGUACCACCUGCUGCCAGCGUCCAAGUACAAGUACCUCAACCAAUCAGGCUGCACCAAGAUCGAGGGUGUCUCGGAGAGCAAGAAGCUGGACGCCCUUCGACUAGCCUUCAACGUUCUCCAGGUGCCCUCAGAGAUGUGCGAGGGCAUCUACCGAGUUCUCUCCGCCAUUCUGUGGCUCGGAAACUUGAGUUUUCAGGAUGUCGACGGCGAACGCUGCGAAUUAACGAAGGAAGAUGUUGAAAUUAUUGGCACUGUUGCACCUCUCCUGGGGCUGCAGCCCGAGGACCUCACGAAAGUCGUGUUGGUGAGGCAGAUCAACGUCCGGGGGAACAUCACAGAGAUCCCCCUGAAGGUCCAAGAGGCCAGGGAGAACCGACACGCCAUGGCUAAGGCCCUCUACUCAAGGACAUUCGCGUGGCUGAUCAACCACAUCAAUAACUGCACGAAUCCUGGACAGGACUCCUCCAGGUUCCUCGGGGUUCUCGAUAUCUUUGGCUUCGAGAACUUUUCGGUCAACAGCUUCGAACAGCUCUGCAUCAAUUAUACGAACGAGAAACUUCACAAGUUCUUCAAUCAUUAUGUCUUCGCUAUUGAGCAAGAGCUGUACAAGCAGGAGGAGAUACAGUACUCGCAUAUCACGUUUACCGAUAAUACACUCUGUCUGGAGCUGAUUGAGAAGCCACCGAGGUGUGUGCUUAAACUGCUGACGGAACAGUGCCACAUGCCAAAGGGGUCGGACACAGCGUAUCUCACGAAUCUGCAUUCCGAGUUUGAGGGACAUCCUUGCUAUGUCAAGGGGGAUGAUCGGAGGAAGUGGGAGAAGGAAUUUGGACUCAAACAUUACGCUGGAGCUGUCACGUACACGGUAGAAGGCUUCGUCGACAAGAAUCGAGACGUCCAACAGGACGUGUUCUUCGAUUUCCUGAGUAGAAGUACAAACGAGUUUGUCCAGGAAAUCACAGUUUACCAGGAUCUCCUAGGUUGCACUGUGGCCAGAGCAUCUGGAAGCACCACGACGAUGUCCAGGGGCACCACGAAGGGAAAGCCAACCCUCUGUGACUCCUUCAGGCACCAACUCCAGGCACUCGUGGACGUUCUCCAAGGGACUACCCCCUGGUACGCCAGGUGCAUCAAGCCUAACAUGGAUAAACAUGCGAAUCAUUACGACGAGAAGCUGGUUCUCGACCAGCUGAGGUACCUGGGGAUGCUGGACAUCAUCAGGAUCAGGAAGGAGGGCUUCCCCAUUCAUCUCCAGUUCUCAGACUUCGUGGCUAGGUACAAAUGCCUUGUGAAGGGCAGGACAAUGCUGCCAAAGGACGACAGAGAGGCCACCAGGUGCUUGAUCAAGAGUCAGGGGAUCGAGGAGACCGAGUGGCAGAUUGGGAGGACCAAAGUCUUCUUGAGGAGCUAUGUUCAUGAACCUCUGGAGGAUUCCAGGAACAAACUCGUCACGAGAAAUGCAAUCAUCAUUCAGAAGAUUUGGAGAGCUUACGUUGUGAGAAAAGACUAUCGACGUACCCGCGAUGCAGCCCUAAAAGUCCAGCACGCCUACCGCGGCUGGAAGCUCCGCAUAAUGUUCAUAAGAAAGCGUCGAGCAGCAAUUGUCAUCCAGUCCCACCUUCGUGGAGUAUUUGCACGAGAGGUAGCAGCAGCCCUACGUGAAAUGCGUAGAGUGGACGAGGAGAUGAGAAAACGCGAACGUAUGGAAGAGGAGAGACGACUCAUGGAGGACAAGAAGGCCCUCGAGGACAGUCAAAGCGCUCAGUACAAUGGUAUUGUUGGGAUGGAGCCUGGAAAAGCACAAGAGGAGAUCGCCGCCCUCUCCCAAAUGGCGGAGCAAUUGAACUCAAAAAUGGCAACAACUGAGCUCCAAUCCGUCGAUCUCGACAACCUAUUCUCCUUCCUCUCCGACGUUCAGUCCACAAAAACCCACCAGACAAUCGAAGAACUUGGCGAGCAGAUGGAGGAGCUCGUUGAGGACCUGGACGCCGAGCUGGAGAGUGUCAUUCAGCUGGAGAUGGAGAUGAUUGCAAAAUCGGAUUCCAAAAUGUCGAACCUGAAUUCGCCAGAUGCACCCAGGAACGGCACCAAGAUGGGUCCCCCCAGCCUUCCUGAACCCACAGGUCCACCACCCCCACCCCCACCCCCUCCCCUUCCCACAAAUGGUGAGACAAUUGACACGAACGAGCCAAUUUACGAGUCUGUGCUGCCCAGGGAUGAGAGUGAAACGAGUGUUCCCAUUCGUAUCAAUGGGCACUCGACCCAGACGAAUGGAGACACCUGUCCAUCGCCUCCACCAGUUCCAGUGACGAAAAUCAUCAAGGAACCGGUGAUUAAUAGUCCACCUUCACGUCCGGAGUCUAGGAACUCUACGAAUCAUCAUUUGGCGCAUCAGACUAAUGGAGGACAUCAUCAGAUGAUGCCGAAUGGGCACGACGUGGGGGUCGUGGGUGGGCAGAACGUGGGGGCGCAAGGUCAGGGUGUGCAGGCGCAGAUGCAGGUGCAGCCGAGUGUGCAGGGGCUGCAGAAUGGCGGGGGCCAGGGGCAACCGGAGAGGGAGCAAAGGAGAAAGUUCAGGGUUGAGAGGAAGCUGCAGGAGCUGGAGGACAAAAAGGAACCUGUGGAGCAUGAGGUAUUGUACCACGACAUCGUAGAGUUCGCUCAAAACUACUUCAACAGUCACGAGAGAUCGCCGGAAGGUACAAUAAUGGCGACCCUGACCCGAAAAUCCCGAGGCAAAAGCAUAGAAUUCAUCCCCAAGUACGAGAUGGUGACCUAUUACAAGGGUUCCACCAUUCCCAAUUCUCACAUCCACAUGUACGACCCCGACAACGUCAACCUGGCCUGUUCGACAUUCCGAGACCUCUGCAAGUACCUGCGAGGGGAGAUGAAGCUCGAGCAGGAGAUCACGACGAUCCAGUCGAUAAUAAGUAACGGGAUCGAACGAGAGGAGAUGAGGGACGAGAUCCUGGUGCAGUGCAUGAGACAGGCCACGAAUAAUCCGAACCCCGAGUGGGCGGAGAGGGUCUGGCUGCUCCUCUGCCUGGCAAUCGUCGCCUUCCAACCGUCAAAACUCCUGUACAAGUACUUCGUCUCAUUCCUCCGCAAGAAUCUAGCCCUCGAGGGAAAGCUGAGGCAGUACGUCCAGUGGUGCGUCGACAACUGCAAGAACACUAAAGUCUCCUGUCGACAGUUCCCCCCUUCGACUGUGGAGAUUGCAGCCAUGAGGAGGUUGGGGACCAUUGUUUGUCGAUUUUUCUUUCUCGAUGGAAGGACUAAAGCCAUUGAUGUGCAUCCAACGGACACAGCUGCUGAUGCGGCUGCCAAACUUGCUGAGAAGCUGGGAUUGAGGUCCCUGGAAGGCUGGGCAAUCUAUCAAAGUCGUCCAGACGGUGAGGAACACGUCCGAGCGCAUGAUUACCUCUACGACGUGAUCGCCGCUUGGGAAAUGAAGCAAUGCAAGCUCAACACCUCCACCUCCUCCUUCUCCACCCUUCGGCGGGGUUCCAAUCAGACCCUGGGCAGUGGUGACAAUCGAUUCGUCUUCAAGCGCCGUCUGUUCCGGAACACUCGUGAGCUGUCUCAAGACCCAGUGGAAGUCAACAUGUUGUACUCACAGGCGGUCUACAAUGUAGUCAAGUGUGAUGACUUCCCAGUCUCAGAGAAAGUGGCCCUCCAACUGGCGGGUCUCCAGGCCCAGGUGUCCCUGGGUGAUCCGAAGGACAACGAUAGGCUUGAUUAUUACAGUGAAGUUGAUAGCUUCUUGCCUUAUCGAAUCAGCAGAGCUCGAGGGGACGAUGUCUGGGUGCCCAUAAUUGCGCAGGCUCAUAAACAAUAUGGAUGUGGGAGAUCUGAACUCACGGCUAAGGUGCUCUACCUCUCCUGCGUGAUGCAGUACCCCCUCUACGGCACGACAAUGUUCAACGUCACCUACCGCGGCUACUGGUCCUACGGUAACCAGCUAAUCCUGGGUAUAAACUGCGACGGCCUGAUGCUCAUAAAACCCGAGGACAAAUUCGUCCUCUCAGAAUAUCGGUACCAGGACGUGGAGAGCAUAAUGCUGGACCCCAGCGACUCCUUCAUCACGAUAUCCCUCCUCCGACACAAUCCCGACAGUUCCCACAAGUGUUUCGUCUUCGAGACCCCCCAGAAGAACGAAAUAGGAAGCUUAAUCGUAAGUUACUGUCCAGCCCUAGCAGGAUGGAUCACCGAGAACGAAGCCCCAACGAAGCGAGCAAAAUGCAUCACAAACGAGGACAGAGUUCGAUUGUACCACAAUUUAGUCAACUGCAGGCGAACCCUAGUGGACUCAGAGGCCCUGAGGAAGCCCCAGGACUCUGGCGGUGGUUUUCUGAGGAACACUCUCCGAAGAUUAUCAAAACACAGGAUUGAGAAGUUGAGGCAGGAGCACGGCAACAGCACAGACGACGGAGAGACGUACAAAGGCUUCCACCACGCCUACUGGGCCUUCAGCAGAGGCUCCAUUCCCCAGAGUUUGACGAAGCUUCCUGACCCCGAAGAGCAAAUUGCCCUUUCUGUCUUCCAACUCGUGCUGACUUACGCUGGACUAGGGCAGAAUGGUGACACUGUGAGAAGGGUUGAGGACGAGCACGUUAAUCUCAUUCAGUCUGUGAUGGAGAGGUGCAUGAGGAAGGAGAACCUCCUGGGGGAGCUGUAUCUCCAGUUGAUCAAGCAGACGACCGAUCAUCCUGAUCCCAACAGCAGAGUGAACCUGCGACACUGGGCACUGCUGUCUCUGGCUUGCUCUGUCAUCCUUCCACCUCAGAAGAUCAUCAGAAAGUAUCUGAUUGCUCAUCUGAAGAGGUGUGCCAGUGAUUAUGUCACUGAGGAGGGAAAGUACGCGAGAUUCGCUGAGAAGUGUCUUUACAAGACUCAGGGGACGAGGAGGAGGCAGUGGCCACCUAGCAGGGAGGAGAUCAUGUGCACCAUCAACAGGAGACCCAUCUACGCGAGGUUUCACUUUAUGGAUGGACAGUAUCAUGCUGUGGAGUUUCAUCCUUCAGCUACGGCUAGGGAUGUCAUGGAGAUCAUCAAGGCGAAGAUUGGGCUGGGGGAGUCGGCGAUGGGUUAUGCUAUUUAUGAGGUGCUGGGGUCCACUGACAGGGCUCUGAUGCCGGAGGAGAAGAUCGCUGAUGUCAUGUCCAAGUGGGAGAGGUACAGAACUAGUCAACAGUCGGCCCAGCCACAGCGAAAGCAUGGCCAUCAUCUGUUCUUGUUUAAAAAACAUCUCUUCUUGGAUCAGUACAUGAAUCUGGGGGAUCCGGUGGAGAAGGAGUUACUGUAUCAUCAGGUGCUGCAUGAUCUCAGGGCUGACAAGUUCCCGAUUACUGAGAAGGAAGCUAUGAUGCUGGCGGCGCUGCAGGCGCAGCUGGAGCUGGGCGAUUGCUUGGAUACUGUCAGUGGACCUGAGUACAGGACUGUUGCUAGUCACUGUCUGCCAUCCAGGAUUGCUCCCAAUAUCAGUGUCGAGGGCAUUGUUCAGCAUCAUCAGUCACUCAGGGGGAUGACUCCUAAUGAGGCGAAGAAAGCCUUCUUGAAUUUUAUUCAGUCGUGGCCACUGCACAGGGCUACUAUUUUCGAUGUCAUGCAGUCGUUCACGUCCAACUGGCCGAGGGUACUGUGGCUCGCUGUCGAUCAACUUGGGCUGCACUUGCUGGAGCACAGGUCCAGGAAUGCAUUGUGCACUUAUGAGUACAGCAGUAUUUUGAGCUACAGUCCUGCGUUGAACUGUCUUAUGAUCAUUACGGGGACUGAUAAGAAGCAGAGCAAGGUCAUUUUAACCACUUCACAGGCUUGUCAAAUAGCAAAUUUGAUACGCGAAUAUACAGAAGUCCUCCAAAUACCACCAGAAGUACCAAAGAGAGAUUCAGGUAUGCCUCAACAUAUGACCUCAAUUCAACCAAUAAAUGUCACUGCCACAGCCUCGAGUGGUCACAAAUCCCGACCAGCCUCAACAUUGCACCGAGGAGCACCAGUCAUCCACUCGCAGGCUAGCUAAAACAAUUUUC